GGGGGGAAACUAAAGCGCCGAGAAGAUGACCCGCUGCUGCGGAGGUGUCCGAAGCGGAGGAGACUUUCUGUGCCUGCUCCUUCUCUUGAUGGGUUUCUUAUUGCCCGCCUGCAGGACUCGCUUGUACACCAACCACUGGGCGGUGAGGAUAAGUGGCGGGCUCCCAGAAGCCAACCGGAUAGCGAGCAAGUACGGCUACAUCAAUAUAGGACAGAUUGGAGCAUUAAAGGAUUAUUACCAUUUUUACCAUAGUAAAACAAUUAAAAGGUCGGUUCUCUCAAGUAGAGGUACUCACAACUUCAUUUCCAUGGAGCCAAAGGUAGAAUGGAUAGAACAGCAAAUUGUAAAAAUAAGAAGAAAGAGAGAUUACAAACCUGGUAGCAUCCAAUCCAUGUUUUUUAAUGAUCCCAAAUGGCAAAGUAUGUGGUAUAUGCAUUGCAGUGAUAAUACACAUCUUUGUCAGUCAGAUAUGAAUAUUGUUGGUGCCUGGAGGAGAGGCUACACUGGAAAGAAUAUUGUGAUCACUAUUUUGGAUGAUGGCAUUGAAAGAAACCAUCCAGACUUGAUGCAGAAUUAUGACCCAGAUGCCAGUUUUGAUGUCAAUGGUAAUGAUAUUGACCCUAUGCCUCGAUAUGAUGCCAGCAAUGAAAACAAGCAUGGAACCCGUUGUGCUGGAGAAGUGGCAGCUACAGCAAAUAACUCACAUUGUAUAGUAGGAAUUGCAUUUAAUGCCAGAAUUGGAGGAGUGCGGAUGUUAGAUGGUGAUGUUACAGACAUGGUAGAAGCAAAAUCAUUGAGCCUCAAUCCCCAGCAUAUACAUAUCUACAGCGCUAGCUGGGGUCCUGAUGAUGAUGGAAAAACAGUUGAUGGACCAGCCUCUUUAACACGCCAGGCCUUUGAGAAUGGGGUCAGAACGGGCAGAAACAACUUGGGCUCCAUUUAUGUGUGGGCAUCUGGAAAUGGUGGAAGAAGUAAAGAUCAUUGCUCGUGUGAUGGCUACACCAAUAGCAUCUAUACCAUCUCCAUUAGUAGCACAGCUGAAAGCGGAAGGAAGCCUUGGUAUCUAGAAGAAUGUGCAUCAACAUUAGCCACAACCUACAGCAGCGGAGAAUCCUAUGACAGGAAAAUAAUCACUACAGACCUCAGACAGCGUUGUACAGACAGUCAUACAGGGACGUCAGCUUCUGCACCUAUGGCUGCAGGAAUCAUCGCCCUGGCGCUGGAAGCCAAUCGUUUACUAACAUGGAGGGAUAUUCAACAUAUUAUUGUAAGGACUUCACGGGCUGGACAUCUAAUUGCCAGUGACUGGAAAACCAAUGCAGCUGGUUACAAGGUUAGCCACUUAUAUGGAUUUGGAUUGAUGGAUGCUGAAGCUAUGGUGGUAGAAGCAGAAAAGUGGACAACAGUCCCUCCACAGCAUGUCUGUGUUGAGAACACAGAUCGACAAAUCAAAACAAUACGACCAGAUAAUAUUCGUAAUGGACCAGAUAAUGGCGUUCGUUCAAUAUACAAAGCUACAGGAUGUGCAGACAAUGCCAAUCACCAUGUAAUAUAUCUGGAACAUGUGGUGGUACGAAUCACUAUCACCCAUCCUCGGAGAGGUGAUCUAGCAAUUUAUUUAACUUCUCCUUCUGGAACAAGAUCUCAGCUAUUGGCUAACAGGUUAUUUGACCAUUCUAUGGAAGGUUUUAAAAACUGGGAGUUCAUGACAACUCACUGCUGGGGUGAAAAAGCAACUGGUGACUGGAUUUUAGAAAUCUACGAUACUCCAUCUCAACUAAGAAAUGUAAAGACUCCAGGUAAAUUGAAAGAAUGGUCCUUAGUACUUUAUGGGACGUCCAUCCAGCCUUAUGCUCCAAGAAAUGAUUUUUUAAAAGGCGACCGAGUACGCAUGAGUGCAAUUGAAGACCCUACAGAAGAUUAUGGAGUAGAUGACUAUUCAGGUCCAUGCAAUGCUGAAUGCAGUAAGAUUGGAUGUGGUGGACCAGGGCCAGACCAUUGCAAUGACUGUCUACACUAUUACUAUAAAUCUAAAAACAAUACACGAAUCUGUGUUCCCAACUGUCCACCUGGUCACUAUAGUGCAGACAAGAAACGUUGUAAAAAGUGCUCACCCAACUGUGAAACUUGUUUUGGAAGUCAUAGUGAUCAAUGUAAUACCUGUAAACCUGGUUACUUUAUCAAUGAAGAGACUAGAAGUUGUAUUACCACCUGCCCAGAGGGCUUUUACCUGGAUAACAAUAAGAUUGUAUGCCGUAAAUGCAGUGAAAAUUGUAGGUCAUGCACUGAAUUUCAUACAUGCACAGAAUGCAGACAUGGUCUAAGUUUACAAGGAACAAGAUGUGUUAUACGCUGUGAAGCAGGCAAAUAUUAUAAUGGCAGAGACUGUGAGCCAUGCCAUCAUACCUGUGCUUCUUGUGAAGGCCCAGGAGCAGAUGCUUGCGUCAAUUGUACAGAAGAAUAUUUUAUGGAGAAUGGAAGGUGUGUGGUAACUUGUGGCACUGGCUACUAUUUGGAUCACUCAUCAGAAAAUGGAUAUAAAACUUGCAAAAGAUGUGAUGUCAGCUGCUUUGGGUGCAGUGGCCCAGGAGAAAGAAACUGUACAAGUUGUCCAAAUGGCUACAUCUUAGACACAGGUCUCUGUGUAGUUGGUCUUGUCUGUAAAGAUGCAACGGAAGAAUCUUGGGCAGAAGGUGGCUUCUGUAUGCUAGUGAAAAAGAAUAAUCUUUGCCAGCGGAAAGUACUUCAGCAACUUUGCUGCAGAACAUGUACACUAAAAGGCUGAUUUGGCUUCUCUCCAGGCAUUCUUGUUCCUGUAGACUUAUAGAUUAAUCCAUAUUAUUAAAAAUGGGGAAACUCUCCCAAACCACCUUUUUUUCCCCUCUUUCUCUUUCUCCCCUUUGGGGAGGCAGUGAACUGUAUAUUGGAACUUCAAAUACAAAACUACAACGAGCCUACCUUUCAUUACUGGGUGUUCAGAAAAAAAAAACAUCUGGGAUCACAGUGUCAGUAGGGUGUGACCAAAGCAUUUGAUGCCAAAUUAAAGUCAUUCGACUUCCUAUCAAUUUAAGGACAUGCCUGGAUAUAUAUUUUUUUUGACAAAAAUCUGCUUUCCUUUUUUUUUCUGCUUGUUUCCCAUGAAGAUGUGUAGAGUGCGCCAACAAUACAGCACAAGUUUACAAUGGAU